UCCACCUGUCCAGGUCCCCAUCCCAGCCUUGGCAAUGACCCUGGCGGCUUCCUCCCAGCGCUCCCAAAUCAUUCGGUCCAAGUUCCGAUCUGGCUCUUGGACACUCCCUUCCCGCCUCUCUCCUCCCACUCCUUCCACAGUCCUUCAGCUUCGGAUCCACAGACGGUAUCAGGACCCGACCCUCUCAGGGUCCUUCACCGCCUCUCCAGUCUUGGAUCCUGAUCCAUGGAUCUCAGCUGCAGAUCCGGCUCUGGCUCUGGCCCCUGCCUCCGCAUUGGGCCCAGCCCCUUUCCUCUUCAACCCUGAAGUCCUUCUUCCUGAGCCGAAACCCUGCCCUUGGAGGUCCCUGAAGAAGGAGUCUCCCAAGACCUCCCAACACUGGAGGGAGCCCAAGCCCAAGGGGAACUUGACAUACCACCAGUACAUACCCCCAGAGCCAAGACAAGGGUGCAGGGCAGACCCCCAGGUUGAAGGGUCGCCCUUGGAUCCCCCUGGACCGCCUCUGUGGGAAGGGACAAACUCACAGCAGCCACCUCCUAGGAUGAAGCCCACACCCCUCACUCCCUCCCCACCAGGAGUCCCCAGCCCCUCGACCCUGCCACAUAAGUUGGAACUUCAGACUCUCAAACUGGAGGAGCUGACGGUCUCAGAGCUCCGCCAGCAGCUGCGGCUGCGGGGCCUCCCGGUGUCUGGGACCAAGUCAAUGCUUCUGGAGCGCAUGCGCGGCGGCGCCCCGCCCCGCGAACGGCCGAAGGCUCGGCGCGAGGACAGUGCAGCGGGCGCCCCCUGGCCUCGCUUCAGGCCCAAGACUUUGGGAGCCGCCCGGAGUGCGUGCUCGUUCAAGCUGAGUCCAACAUCUCACUCGCCACGUGCUUCGGAAACCCUGGUGACUGCUUCGGCUUCGGCUCCGGUUCCGGUUGCGACGACGGCUCAGGCUCCAACUGCAGCUCCAGUGCCAGUCCCUUCCUCAGCACCGGCCUCAACAGCCCUGACCCUGGAGGAGGAGCUGCAGGAAGCGAUCCGCAGAGCGCAGCUGCUUCCGCACCGGGGCAUUGAUGACAUCCUGGAGGAUCAGGUGGAGCCUGAGGACCCGCUGCCCGCCAUCCCCUUGGACUUCCCCGGCUCCUUCGACAUGUUGUCCCCCUCCCCGGACUCUGAAGGCCUUUCUUCUGUCUUCUCUUCCUCACUUCCGUCCCCCACGAAUUCCCCGUCCCCCUCUCUCAGGGGCCCAACGGACUCCUUGGAUUGGCUGGAGGCUCUGAGUGGGGGUCCCUCGCUGGGCUGUGGCCCCCCAGCCCCCAGCAUUUUCUCUGCUGACUUAUCUGAUUCCAGUGGCACCAGGCUGUGGGACCUGCUGGAGGAUCCAUGGUGA